UACAAGCUGAACUACAUAGAGGUGGAAAUAGGACCACCAAAGGCGCGGUAUCUUGAGAAUGGAGAACCUUUACCCUUGAUGAAAGUAGCACCUGACGGUGGAAAAGUCAAAUAUAGCACCAUCGUCUUUCCAGACAAAGAGAAGGAGAAAGAGAAAAGUUCAGACAAGAAAUCAAGAGAGGACACGUCGUCGUCAUCGUCCACCGGUUCUUCCACAUCUUCAUCAGAUCGAAGAUCCAGUAACUCAGGUCGGGGUCUCAUCAAAGGGUCUACCUUGGCGCAGAAGACAGCAGCCAUCACAAAGACAUUGUCAGGCCUAACCAGCAAGCUCACCUUAUCCUCCUCACAUUCAUCGUCGUCCCAUGAUAAAUCGCCCCCGCAGACGUCGACGGCGACUGCAGCGGCGGUUGCGGCGAUAUCAGCGCUCUCGGCACCACCGAACAGACCACCGCCCAUGCCGGACUUGUCGGAUGUGAGCAAGAUUCGACCCCAGCCGUUGGGGGAGGAGAGUGAACCCAAGGAAGUGGUGACCGGGAUCAAGAGCAGCGGAUCGAUAACAGGGAACGGUGGACGAUCACAUGCGAAACUUGAGAGGAAGGAAAGCUAUAAAAAUGUCAAGCAGGAGAGAAAGCAAACCCACCAACAGCAGAACACGAAGACACCACCCGCCUCGCCACCCCGGAGACGCGCCCUGUCCACGCCGACUCGCUCUCGAAAGUUUCCUUCCGAAGCCGAGCUGGCAGACGCCAUCAAGGCUCACCAGGAGAGGCGGGAAUCGCCACCAUCCAAGACACGGACACUUCCGGCUAGGGAUAAGCUAUGGAUGGAAGACGACUUCGAGGCCGAGGAAGGGUUCUGGGACUACGAGGACGCGAUGUCGGAAGGCUACUGGGUGUCGAACGAAGCGCACCAUGACGAGUCGUCUUCAGAGGACCUGCAAGGGUUGACGAGGUCAGCACCGGCUACCGAGCUAGGUCAAGCCAUGCAAGCGAUGCGUUUGAAAGUCAGGAGGAAAUCUUCCACGGGCGAUGCCUAUGACAAUGUCUUCGAGCCGGAGUGUUCUCCGACUGGGACGAAACAGCAUUUCGUGUUUGGAGGCGGCGACAGCGGCUCGGGUUCUGGGACAGAAUCCCCUCGAUGCGAGACAUCGUCACCGUCAAAAUCCACCUCGCCGGUCAGCAGACGGCUGCACAGAAGCGAGCUAGAACAAGCAUUCGCAAGGAGAAAACUCACGGGGCGAUUCCACAACGAAUCGUUCGACUUUGACAAUCAUUCCUCAGGCAGUAACUCACCAACGUGUUUUGAUGACCAAUGUUCAUCGGGUUACAGGCCUGUUCCCGCUGUCCCAAUGAAUAGAAGUCGCGAUUAUUGCGGGUCACCGGACUCACCCUCGUACAUGGACCACGAAUACAGGGGUUCAAUCUCGACCAGGAAACCCGUACCCCUCCCGAGAAAUCAACGAUGCAGAGAAUCCACAUCAGAGCAUAUAUCUUCCUUCGACAGUGGGUGUCCAACAAGACCAGUGCCGUCACCACCGCAUCACUUUAACCUUUCAUUUGACUUUUUGUCAGGAGCCAGAGAUUCGUCGGGUGACGAAACGUACAUGAAUGUUGCAUUCAAACCCAAAACAGACAAUCACCGCUAUGAGAACGUCGUCUUAGAUGAUAGGCUGUCACAGUUUCAUUCGGAACGUCCCCUCAGCAGCAGUGACUCACCACGAAUCAGCACAGAGCUGAGACCUGUCCCUGCUCCACGAUUCUACAGCUCACCUUCUUCCUCCAGUCAUUCGCUGUCAUCACUCGACAGCAACAAUCAGCUGGCAUCUCCCUGUACCAAACAGAGCUCUCAAGCGACCUGCAACCCAUCAUCAUCACUCUCGGCAUCAUCCCAAUCACCAACAGGGAGAGGCAGCCCCAACCAUCAUCACCGUGGACCCCAACUGUCUCCCAAACACGGUUCACAUGGCAACGGAUCGUCUUCCGCAGCCUCCGCGUCGCACUGCUGCCAAGGAGGCGCCGUGGAGAAGCCCCCGCGGACCAACGUCGGAGGAUGUUCGCAAGACAGAAGCAGCAAUGGAUCCCACGUCGCGCUCAGCCGGAACGCAUCCUCCCACCCGGGUCACUAUAACAGAGACAGCUCCUCGUCGACAACGAAGCUGGACAACCGAAAAGAGGUCCGUGCGAUGUCCAAUGGGCAUGCCUCGAAGGAGUUGAGGAAUUCGUCCAUCUCACAGGACAGGAGCAGCGGUUCUCCACAGCAGGUCAAGGAAUCUAGGAGCAGUCACCAUAGUCCGUUGGUGCAAAGUAACAGUAUCGGAAUGGAAGGGUGCAGUAUGAGCGGUGCCCAAGGAGGAACCGGUGGAUCCAAUGCCAGUGGUACUGGUAGCUACUCCAAAGCGACAGGUCGUGCUCUCAGAAGUUCUCCUAGCAAGGACCAACCAUUACCUACACACGGUAAGCCACUAAAUGUUAAAGGUGUCUAA